AUGACUAAAUACGUUGUAGUUGGUGCUGGAAUAAUUGGCUUGUACACAGCUUUUAACCUUCUUGAUAAAGGUGUGAAGGCUAAGGACAUCACCAUAGUUGCGCAAUACUUACCAGGUGAUGAAUCCAUAAAUUAUACCUCUCCCUAUGCCGGAGGGAACUUUCUGUGUAUUACCGGGAAUGACCCUGAGACUCUACAUUUUGACAAGCUAACUUACUUGAGCUUGGGCAGAAUCCAAAGGGCACUUGGCGGACCAUCUUGUGGAUUAGAUAGGUGUACUUCAUAUGAGCAUUGGGAGCAUAAACCUCCACCAGUGAAAAUUGAAUCUUUGAAGUCCUAUUUAGAUCAAUACGAGGAGACCCCUGUAGAAAAAUUGCCAGCCAAUUGUGCCUACGGUAUAAAGUUCUUAUCCUGGAGUUUUAACUGUCCUAAAUUUCUCUCCAACUUUCAUGAUUACCUUGCGUUCACCAGAGGAGUGAAAAUAGUUAGAAAAACAUUAACCCACAUCUCGCAAGGUUUCGUUUCUGCAGAAACCAAAGUCGUGUUGAACUGUACAGGACUUGGGUCUCACAAGCUUGGUGGGGUCAACGACACCAAAUGCUACCCAACGAGGGGCCAAGUUGUGGUUAUCAAGGCUCCUCAUAUCAAGGAAAACGUUAUGUUUUGGGGAUCUGACUUUGCGACAUAUAUAAUCAAAAGGCCAUAUUCUAAUGAUCAGUUAAUUCUUGGUGGGUUCAUGGAAAAGGACAACUGGACUGCUGACACCUUUGGCGAGCAAACAAAGGAUAUUUUACGGAGGACUACCACAUUAUUUCCCAAGAUAUUGAAUGAAAACUCUGGAGGUGCAAAUCUCAAGGAUGUAGAGAUUUUAAGGGUAGUAUCGGGCUUACGUCCUAGUAGGCAUGGAGGUGUUAGAAUUGAAAGAGAAUUAAUCGAUGAAGGAAAAAUUGUAGUUCAUAAUUACGGUGCAAGUGGUUACGGUUAUCAAGCUGGAUUUGGUAUGGGAGAGAAAGCAGCCAGAUUGGCAAUUGCCAAAGAAACUAAGAUCUAA